ACAACUACACACACUCAUAGCACUCAUUCUGUCAUGGUAGCAGCUACAAAGUUGACAUCAGGAGCAUCCCAGCCAAUGAGAGCUAAACAAUGGAUCAUCAGCAUCACAGAUUACUGUCCUCACUGCUUUUCCACAAACACGGACAAGUAGAAGUGACUUUUUUUUGUGACUUCUUGACGUGGAAGAACAUUGGGAGGAACAGAAGUAAUAGAAGUUCUGGCAUCAGCAGCGUAUCCCAAACAGCUCAAGGCCACGCUGUUCGGGUGUGUGAGAUCGUGGCCGUGCACAAGACGCACAUCAGCGACCAGACCAAGGCUACAAAGCACCUCCAGCAGAAUCCAUGUGCAUUCACAGUCUUCUACGUGAGCAGGAUGACACAGCAUCAGUGGCGAUGCAGCGACAUCACCUUCCACUGUGCUAAUCAGGAACUGUGCGAGCGAUGGAUUCAAACGAUCAAUGAUCAGCUGUCACUGCAAACCAACCGGCCCAAGAGCCUGCUGGUGUACAUCAAUCCCUACGGGGGGAAGAAGCAGGGGAAGCACCUUUACGAUCAGAAGGUGGCGCCGCUGUUUUCCCGAGCUUGCGUCUCCACGGAUGUGAUUGUUACAGAACGGGCCAAUCACGCCAGAGACCACUUGAAAUCAGAAGCAAAUCUAGAUAAAUAUGAUGGAGUGGUAUGCGUGGGUGGAGAUGGCAUGUUCAGCGAGAUCCUGCACGGGCUGGUCUCCAAGACCCAAACGGACCAUUGUGUAGACCCUAACCAGCCUAACGCCAGUUUGGUGCCAUGUUCCCUCCGCAUUGGAAUCAUCCCUGCAGGCUCCACUGACUGCAUCUGCUUUGCCACAGUGGGAACCAACGAUCCAGUUACAUCUGCCUUGCACAUCAUUAUAGGCGACUCCCAGCCCAUGGACGUGUGUUCCGUGCACCACAGCGAUACAUUCCUCAGAUACUCGGUGUCGUUGCUUGGCUAUGGUUUCUAUGGCGAUGUUCUGACUGACAGCGAGAAGAAGCGAUGGCUGGGCCCGGCUAGAUAUGACCUGUCAGGAGUAAAGACCUUUCUGACUCACAACUAUUAUGAAGGCACUGUCUCGUUCGUCCCGGCUGAGGAUGAUGUGGGGAACCCCAGGGACAAAGAGCAGUGUCGGGCCGGGUGUCGCGUCUGCCAGAGCAAGACCUCAUUAAAGGCGCCGCAGAGUGACGUGCCAGGCGAGAACGAAACGUGUGACACGGGAAGUGACACUUGGACUGAAAUACGCGGAAAGUUCAUCGCCAUCAACGCCGCCACUAUGAGCUGUGCGUCCCCCCGCAGUCCAAAGGGCCUGUCGCCGUCCGCACACCUGGCCGACGGCACUGCCGACCUCAUCCUGGUGCGGAAGUGCUCCCGUCUGGACUUUUUCAAACACCUUGUCCGCCACACCAACAAGGAGGACCAGUUUGACCACUCUUUCGUGGAGGUCCACCGUGUGCGCAAGUUCCGCUUCCAGCCACGCCACCAGGAGACGAUGUCAUUGGAAGACCUGAAGAAACUGGGCUCGAGUCCCAUUUGCUCCAAAGCCGCGCACCACUACAACAGCUGUGCCUGCAGCCACUGGACUUGCGACGGCGAGAUCCUGCCUCACGCCGCCAUACAAGUCAGCGUCCAGUGCCAGCUGAUCACACUGUUUGCCCGCGGCAUCGAGGAGAAGCAGCAGUGCGCAGCGUUUCAAGACUAGAGAUGGCUUCUGGAAGAAGGACCACGUCAGUCUGUGGGCUAAAAGCUGGACAGGAGUUGUGCGUCCGUGGAGGUCCGCUCAUCAGAUACGACGGCAGGCUAUAGACAAGCAGAUGCACCACUGAUUUCCUGCUGUUGACGGGGAGAAAAGGAAAUGUUUCAUCGGUGACCCAGCAGUCAGGGGAGCUCACGAAACGAGCCGAAUGGGCGGCUAGUACACUAACAGGACCCUGAUGUAUUGUGGGUAAUAAGGCAAAGUGGUUGCAAAGUGCUUUGCUGUGUCUCAGAGCCGCCGCCACGCACCUGUGGCUCCAUGCUGGCUAAAUCGCUUGAGAUUAGCCUGAAUGAGACAUUUUUAACGUCAUUAGACACGGGAGGUCAAGCCGUUCCUGAUGACUCCGGGACUGUUUUGAAGGGCAAUAUUAUUUAUGUACUUCUGGUUAUUUCAAACAAUAAUAAGCCGCAUGUCGUUCACUGCAACCAAUGGCAACCAAUGGCAACCAAGCAACGGAGAGUCGUGUGUCUGGCCUCUGGCCGCAUACGUUUUUGUACAUUUUAUGCACUAAAGAUGCUCAGACCCAACCCAACAUAGGUCAGCAUACGCAAAGCCAGUAAUCCUCAACUGGUGGGUGGUGGGUCUUUACCCGUUACCUGGGAAAAUGACAAAUCACACAAAACUAACAAUAAAAGGUGUGCUAGUCUGUUGUGGCGAGCUUGAGCCGCACAGCAAAAGGAUGGAUUGAAAGCGAUGAGCCAACAACACUCCAGCAUAGCACAAACACACAGAAGUUAUCAACACAGACGGAACACGCAACGCAACCGCACCACACAGACGAGGCGUGUACACACUAACAUACAUGCACAACCCACAAGGCAUGCUGGGUAACCACAUUCAAACAAGAAAUGUGGUAGUUUUGUGUUAUUGAUUAUGGAAGGUAUUUUGUUUGCAGUUCUGUUAUACGAGAUAUCCAUAAAAGAGCUUUUUUCAA